AUGGGGAUCGAACUCGGGAGGCCCAUGCUCGACAUCUCGAGACGAAACAUCCCUACAUGUAAAAGACUUGCUUCACCUCCUCUCACUCUCCCCUUCCUCCUCCCUCUUCUCCUCCCUCCUUCUCUCCCUUCCCCCUUCCUCCCCCACCUCCUCCCUCUUCUCCGCCUCUCCGUCCAAUCCUCCCACCCUCCCCCUCCUUCCACCCUCCAUUCUCUCCUCGUCUCCCUUCUCCGCGCCGGCCGCCUUGACUCCGCCCUCCAAGUUCUCUCCUUUAUCCCUUCCCUCCAAUCUCUCCCAUCUAGCACCGUCAGCUCCUUCGUACUCGCCCUCCUUCACUCCUCCCACCUCACUUCCGCCCUCUCCAUCCUCCACUCCCUCCUCUCCCAGUCACUCCUCCCCUCCCCCACCGCCGCCAACGCUACCCUCGCCGCCCUCCGCAAGGCCGGCCUCCAACAAGACUUCUGCAACCUGCUCGACAAAUUGUGCCAACUGGGGUUCUCUUUCAAUGCCUGGACUUACAACAUUUGCAUCCACGCUUUCGGCUCCUGGGGUCAUUUAGCUCUCGCUCUGAAGCUUUUCAAAGAGAUGAAGUCCCCUGAUAUUUGUUCCUUUAACUCGGUUUUGCAUGGCUUGUGUUUGGCUGGGCGGGUUCAAGAUGCCGUGGAGGUGUUUGAUGAAAUGAAAGUUUCUGGUUUUGAGCCUGAUAGGUUCACAUACCGGACGCUCAUCUUGGGCUGUUGCAAGGCUUUCAGGAUUGAUGAGGCUCUCAGAGUGUUUCGUGAGAUGGAGUAUAACAAUGUGAAGUGUGACACUCUUGUGUAUAAUAAUAUUCUUGAUGGGUUGUUGAAGGCUAAGAAGCUUGAUGAUGCAUGUCAGAUGUUUGACAAGAUGGUUUCAGGUGGUAUUGGUGUCUCGCCUUACUCUUAUAAUAUUUUGAUUGAUGGACUGUUUAAGAAUGGGAGGCCAGCUGCUGCUAUGAUGAUGUUCAAUGAGUUGAAGAAGAAGGGGCAGUUUGUAGAUGGAGUUACAUAUGGCAUUGUCGUGUUGCAUAUGUGUAGGGAGGGAAGAGUUAAGAGAGGGCUUGAGCUGCUGAAGGAGAUGGAGGAGAGGGGUAUUGUUGCGGAUUUAGCGACUAUUACUACUGUGUUGAUAGCAUUGGAUAAGAACAGGAAGUCUGAUACCACAAGGCAGCUUAAGAAGUAUGCCAGGGAUAAUGCUUUGUUGCCAAGUGUUUUGAGCUGGAAAGCGAAAUUGAAUUCUUUGCUCAGAGAUCCUCAAGAUAAGAGUAAGGAUUUCACUCGAAUUUUCCCGACUAGAGGAAACCUCAGUGACAUUAUGGGUUGGAUCAAAUCAUCAGAAGGAGAUAGUGAUGAUGAUGGUGAUCAUGACUUGGAUGGUGAAACCAAGGAUGAAUGGUCUUCAUCUCCGUAUCUGGAUUGCUUAGCUAAGAAAUUAGAAAAAGCCGAUGAUUUGCAAACCUUCACUUUGGCUAAAGGGAUCAGAGUGCAAAAGGAUUGUAUAAGGUCAUUUGACAUUGACAUGGUUAAUACAUACUUGUCAAUCUUUCUUUCCAAAGGAGAGCUGAGCAAAGCUUGCAAGUUGUUUGAGAUUUUCACUAAGCUGUGUGAAGAUGGACCUGUGAGCUAUACAUAUAAUUCACUGUUGAGAUCUUUUGUGAAAAAGGGUUACAUGAAUGUGGCAUGGGGAGUUCUUCAAGAAAUGGGAGACAAAUUAUGUCCUGCUGAUAUUGCUACAUAUAAUCUAGUUAUUCAAGGUUUGGGAAAGAUGGGAGAAGCCGAUCUUGCAAGCGCCGUGCUCGAACAACUACUGAAGAAGGGUGGUCAUCUUGACAUUGUUAUGUAUAACACACUGUUCAAUGCUCUGGGAAAGGCUGGAAGGAUAGAGCAAGUUAACAAGCUAUUCAAACAAAUGACAGGAAGUGGCAUCAAUCCUGAUGUGGUUACUUUCAAUACACUUAUAGAAGUUCAUGCCAAGGCUGGAAAGAUUGAAGGUGCACAUAAGUUCUUGAGAAAGAUGUUAGCUGCAGGAUGCUCUCCUAACCAUGUCACUGAUACAAUUCUUGAUUUUCUUGAGCAAGAGGUUGAGAAAUUGAAGAAGCAGAUGGUAACCCAUGACAAAGAUUCUGAAUGACAAAUUAUGUAGAUAGUUUGGGCUUAAGAGGUAUGGUUAAAAACUUAAAAUCACUUCACUGUGUCUGUUUAUGCUUCUAUACUUAUCUAGUGAAAUGAAUUCACAUUACUUUGAA